GUUGAUUAAUCACAUCCUGCUGUCAUUUUCUUUCUUAUCGUGUUCGGAAUUGGAAAAUUUUCGUUUCGUGUGAAAAGUUCAUCUUUUUGGUGGAAAAUCGCGUCCCAUCGUUGGCCAAUGUGUGUUUCCCGGCUAGCAAAGUGUAUCGUGCGUGUUUAAAUGUUACUAAAAACUGCCAAAAUGCCAGCGAUUCGUGAUAGUCAUGUAGUGAAAAUUGCGGUCCAAUUCGCGUCGGAAAUCGCCCAGCUUAUCGAGUUUGACCAGCGGCAGCCUUUGACGGCGAUUAUCCAGAAUCUUUGUCCGUACUGGGCGAUUCAGGAUCCGGAAAGUUACGCACUGAGGUUUACGGAUAAUUGUUUCUAUGUGACGGAGAAAAAUCGACAUGAAGUGAAAAAUGGAUCGGUGCUGAGGAUGGCCCAUUCCCCGUCGAAAAUGGCCAGCGAUAUUCUGGAGAAGUUGCAGACUGGGAAAGUUGAAGAAAUGAUGAAGGUUCUGAAGGACUUGCCUGGGCUGAGUCAGGAUAUUACUUUUGCGCUUGAGUUCAUCAAAGAACAAGGACUAGAUCUAAUUAUAAGCAUAAUCGAGGAGCCUAAAUUUGGAGAAAAUAUCUUGAAUUACGCGUUGUCUGCCUUCGUGAAGCUGAUGUAUCAUGGAACCGUUUCUUGGGAUGUUUUGCAGCCCUCGUUCAUUCAAAGGAACAUUGCAUUCAUCAGCACCAGUACCAACAAGGAAAUCAUUCAAUCGGCUCUGACGAUUCUGGAAAAUGUGGUUCAGAAUAGCAGCAAUCAUGCUCUGGUGGAACGGGAUGUGACCUUGGAGAUGCUGCUGAAACUGCUCCAGGACUCUCCUUCGACUUCCGCUGUCAAUACGAUUGCCUUGAUAAAUGCCCUCUUCCUGAAAGCUGACGAUGCCAAACGUAAGGUCAUUGCAGCCACGUUCAGUUCCAAGCAGUAUAGAAGCGUAAUCAACAGCGUUAUAACGGCCGGGACAGGAACAGGAACCAUUACCGAGAUAGCCCAUCAAUUGUAUGUCCUCCAGACGCUGAUUCUUGGUUUGCUGGAGCAACCAAUGAAGACACCAAUCGACCCCCAAGAUCAAGAUGCUCAGGACAAAAUUAAAGAGCUUCGCCGGAUCGCGUUCGAAGCUGACGGAAUUGAUCCCAUUCCGGAUGUAACGGCUCGUCGCCAGCAUGGGGGAUCGUAUUCUACCCACUACAAGAAACUUGGCUUCAAAUGUGAUAUAAACCCGGCGCAAGAUUUCAUGGAAGUCCCACCCGGAGUGCUAGCUCUGGAUUGCAUGGUCUAUUUUGCACGCAAUUACACCCAGAACUAUACCAAAGUGGUACACGAAAACAGCUGCCGAGCGGAUGAGCAUGAAUGUCCUUUUGGAAGGACCAGCAUUGAACUGGUCAAAGUCUUAUGCGACAUUCUUCGCAUCGGAGAAUCUUCCCUCGAACAGGGACAGGACUUCCAUCCAAUGUUCUUCACCCACGAUCACCCAUUCGAGGAAUUCUUCUGCAUUUGCAUCGUCGUUCUGAACCGCACUUGGAAGGACAUGCGCGCCACCACAGAGGACUUUGUCAAAGUCUUCAGCGUUGUCCGUGAGCAGAUCACACGUAGCAUCACAGGACGCCCAGCGUCCCUCGAAGACUUCAAAACCAAGAUCAACACGUUCACCUACAACACCAUCACCACGCUUCGUCAGCAGGAACGCACUUCUCGCGAGGAAUGCGAAUCCACGGCUUCCGCAAUCGUGUCUCUUAAAGAGAAGAUAACACCGGAAAUCAUGUCGCUUAUCAAAGAGCAACGGUUAGGCUACCUUGUCGUAGGAACGCGCUUCUCCAAAUACAGCGGUGGUAAACGCGAAAGGGACAAAUACUGGUACGCUCGCCUUUCGCCCAACCACAAAGUCAUCCACUAUGGCGAUUGUGACGAGAAAACGGUGCCCACCCUCGAAGAACUGAACAACAAACUUCCGGUUAUCGACAUCCGCCAGAUGCUCGUUGGGAAAGAGUGCCCCCACAUGAAGGAGAUGCGAGCGAAGAAGUCAACCUUCCCACUCGGAUUUUCCCUAGUAGCUGAAUCCAGCGACCAGCAAACUCUAGACUUUGUCGCCCCGGACGAGGCCACUUUCAACUACUGGACGGACGGGAUCAACGCCCUGCUGGACCAACCGAUGCUCAGCAAGCAGAAGGACGAAGACUUCGAAACGUUGCUCUCGAUGGAGAUCAAGCUGCGCCUGUUGGACACCGAGGGGGUGGAUAUUAGCAAGGAUCCUCCGCCGAUUCCUCCGGAGCCGGAGAACUACGACUUCUGCUUUGAUAGCUAAGGUAACAGCCGUCGGCGCUCGAUUCCAUCAUUCUUCACUUAUAUUACUAUAUUCACGAUGAUAUAGUUCAUGUGCGAUUUUAUUUAUGUCUGAUAUCUGGAACCAAAGUGUUUUUUUUUUGUGUCUAUAUUACUAAUCAUGUUUUUAAAUCAUUCGGAUUAAAACGAUGGAAUUUAAGCUGCACGUUUGUAUUAAUCAUUCCAACGAUUAUAUUGCAUAAGUAUGACAGCAGUGAAGUAUUCUGAGUAUGUUUUAUCGGUCGAAUAUGCGAUUAUUUUAUUCUUGACAUUACCCUUUUGUUGACUUCCGAGUCAACAAGGAGUGAAUAAUGAGCGGUUUUCUGAUUUUUUAAUUCCCCUUUUUAUUG